AUGAAUUAUUUGGAAAGCGAAAAUAAUACCAAGCUCACCCACUUUGUCCUGGUGGGGGUGUCGGGGCAGCCCCAUCUCCAGAUCAUCCUCUUCAUGUUGGGUCUGAUCAUGUACCUCGUCACUGUCAUCGGGAACACCCUCAUCAUCGUCGUCAUCAUACUGGACUCUCGCCUUCACACGCCCAUGUACUUCUUCCUCAGCAAUCUGUCUCUACUUGACAUCUGUGGUUCGACAACCACAGCGCCCCAGUCCCUCAUCAACUGCUUGCAAGACUACCCCAUCAUCUCUUACGACGCCUGCUAUGCCGAAAUGGGGAUCUCCCUGUGUUUAGGUGUGACAGAGUGCUUUCUCCUUUCUGUCAUGGCUUAUGAUCGGUUCAUAGCCAUCUCCAGCCCCCUGCGCUAUACGGUGAUAAUGAACAAAGCAGUCUGUCUAAGCCUGACUGGGAUUUCUUGGAUCAUCGCCUUCUUAACCUCUAUCAUCCCAAUGCUGGUGACCCCUGUGAACUUUUGCGGCAACAAUGUGGUCAACCACUUUGCGUGCGAGAUGCAGGCCGUGCUGAAACUGGUCUGCUCCGACACGUCGACCAGCCUCGUCCUGGUGUUCGUUGGUUCUAUCUUCACACUCGUCAUUCCCUUUAGCUUCAUCAUCAUCUCCUAUCUCCGGAUUGUGGUGGCAGUCCUAAACAUCCGCUCAACAGAGGGGCGACUCAAAGCUUUCUCCACCUGUGGCUCCCACCUAACGGUGGUAACUAUAUACUAUGGGACCCUCAUUUACAUGUACGCAAAACCCCAGACCAAAGAAUCGGAAGACAAGGACAAGAUCAUCUCCAUAUUUUAUGGAUCUGUGACGCCUAUGCUAAAUCCUCUCAUUUAUACUUUGAGAAACAAGGAUGUGAAAGGGGCCCUAAAGAAAAUAGCUGGAAAAUCAAAAGCCUGA